AAGCAAUCGUAAAAUCUUUCAAUUACUGAGAAAAUUUGACUGAUCUUGUUCUUUGAUUAAAAUGAUUGGGAAUUAUAUAAACGUCUGUAGUUUGCAAAAAUGCCUUAUGUUUGUUACUCAACUUGAUUUACUUAUUACGUCUCAUGUUAUUUAUUUCUAGGCUAUCCAAAAAGUUUGUAUUAUAUAGUUGGGAAAAUUGGAUUGGAAGAGAAUCUUUUAAAAAUAUUUUCGUGUCAACUGGAAUUAAAACUUUCUCACCAUGCUUGGAAGAUUUCCAUCAAUAUGUAUUCUAUUUUGUUUGGUUUCAAUCUCCAUUUUCAAGUUUAGUGCAAGUGCAGACGAACAAAGACCCGUAUACAUUAUAGGGCACAUGGCAAAUAGCAUAGAAGACGUGAUACCAUUUUUGGAUGAAGGAGCCAACGUCUUAGAGUCCGACGUUCAUUUUUUUCCUAAUGGUUCAGUAAAGGAGCUUUAUCACGGUUGUCCGGGAGAUUGCUUUAGAAUAUGUGAUAAACAUGUGCGAUUGCCGGAAUACUUGACAUACUUACGGGACAUAACAGAUCCCUCAGCAAAAAAUUCUUACUACAAUAAACUGAUCAUGCAAUUUUUUGAUUUGAAAUUGGAUUCCUCCAAAGAUAUUCGGACUUCAGGGCGUGAAAUUGCACGACAUAUAUUAGAUUACUUAUGGACUGAUGGCAAAAGAGAACGAGAGGUAAGGGCACUAAUUUACAUAAACGAGGUGGAUAAAAAAGAUGCGAUUGCUGGAUUUCUGCAAGAAUUUAAAGACAGGAAUCAGGAAUCUCGUCUAACGGAUAUUGGAUUCGACGGCGGUCUUCAACACAUUUCUGACAUUCAAGAAAUAUUUCAAGAGCUAAAUGUGUCGAACAUUUGGCUUGGCGACGGUACCACAAACUGUUUCAGUGCUCUUCAUCCAGUUCAGCGCCUGAAAGCUGAAAUCAAAGUCAGAAACUCGGGUGGAUUCAUAAAGAAAGUUUAUGAAUGGACAAUUGAUUCGAAAUUUAAAUUGAGGAGUUCUUUGGAUUUAGGGGUUGAUGGUUUUAUAACGAAUGUUCCACGAAAUCUGGUUGAGGUGCUGAACGAGUCAAAAUACAAGAAAAGUUUUCGCCCUGCAACGGUAUCUGACCAACCCUUUGCGAGAUUUCAAGGAUAGUUUAUAACCUUUUAGUUGGAGAAUUUUGUUGAUGUAAAGAUGUUUUUCAAAGCUCUUUUGUCAUGAAAAAUAAAAUAAAUCACAGUUUGAGAGUCUUAAA